CCCAGACACCCACACAUCUCCCUCGCUGGUCAUUCAUUCACCUACACCUACUGCCCUGCCACCCAUCCCAUCCGUCCAUCUCGUGAUUGAUCUAGCUAGAGCGCCCCAGCAGCUCGCUUGAUGCACAUGGACACGCUGAGGCUCUCGCCACCGCCACCGGGCCGGCCAGCGCCCCACUGAAUGUCGCUAACGCCCUCACUCUCCUCAACAGAGGAAGCAGCAGCGGCAGCUGUUGCUGUUGCCGCCGCCGGAGGUGACGGCUUCGUCACCUGAAAUGAUCAACGGAUACGGUGUUUCUGCUCUGCUCUGUCCGUCUGUCCAUUAUUCCAUGUGUCAUUCACUUUGUGUGGGUGCUGUGGUGUGCUCACCAGUUGCACGACUCCCCUCGGGGCCACAGCCAUCGGAUUGUAAGGCACUUGAGCAGCUGUCACAUCCAACGACACUGCGGACGGACACAAAGAAGAACAAUGGCAAAACGCCACGAGGGCCCUGUGUGUGCCCCUCUCUCUCUCUCUCACCCACUCAACUCCACUCACCUCCUGUGUUGAGCGUGCCCUUGACCCGCACUUGUGUGGGCAUCUUGAGGGGCCGCCCACUGCCACGCACACCAUCACCACACACACACGAUGCUGCUGAGGAGGACGAUGCGGAGGGCAUAGCAGGGGCCGCCAGGAUGUCCGGCGGCGUGGCGAUCCAUGUGGCCGUCGCCAGCCGACUCAGACCUACUGCAAAAUGCGGCAGGCUGCCCUCUGUCGAUGUGCUGCAGGCAGGCAGGCAGGCAGUAAGCGCAUGUGAGGGUCUGUCUGUGUCUCUGCGUAUACAGCACAGCGGCAGAGCGAUUGACACACCCACCGGUAGUAUAGUGUGGCUUUCUUGACGAGGUGUCUGAGUGCCUCCCACGGCAGCUUGGCCAUCACACCCAACACACACAACUCUGACAGACAGACAGACAGACAGACACAUAUGAGACAUGACAUGAACGAACGACACACACCUACAAUAAGUAUUCACGCAGCUAGCUGCAUACAUACCUGCAAUGUGCAGGAACUUCCUGAGGCGGUGCACCUGCUGGUCCAAACCCUGGGAUGCAUCCACAUACCAAUUCUACAGACACACACACACACACACAACAUUGUCCACACGCGCAUUCAUUCAUUGUCUCUCUCUCAUAGUCUCCUUGUUCGUUACGAUGUCGCUUUGUGCGGAUGGGUCUGUUUUGAGUACGAUCUGUGUGAGCGCCCGGCGCACGCUGUCCAGCCCCAUCUCUGCCAUCACCAGCGCCACGUGGCGCUGACACACACACACACACACGGGAACACACACGGGAACACGCGAGACACAUCGAGUGCCAUCCAUUCACUGGUCUGUUCUUGGUCGGCUAAUGCCUACAUACCGGGUCCUCUAGAGCGGCCCUUUGGUCCUGCCACUGCUUCUGCAAGGUGCUGAUCUCCUGACCAGCCUGACUAAUGUAAUGGACCAACCAAGCAGCCAGCCAGCCAGCCAAUCGACCGACAAAUGGGGCCACAGCAGGAGAAAGAAGAAACAGUGUAUGUGGAUGCAUCAGGCCUUACUGACCGCUACGGUCCCAUAGUGCGCUAGCUGAUAGAUGCGGACGGCCUGCAUCCAAUCCAGUCCAUCCGACAGACAGACAGACACAUGCACUGCACUCAUCCCGUUCGUUCCCUGUGGCCCUUUCUCGUCUGUCUGUCUGUCAGCUGACCGUUUCGAUCAUCCGUGCCAUCUUGGUGGGGUUGUCCCGCCUCACGUGCGGCAGCAAUGGACGCUCACACACACCGCCACCUGCACCACCACUGCCCCCUGACUUGCUCAGACGACGGACACGGCCGCCCCCUUGCCAUUGGGAUGCCCCCGGUGGUGUGGGUGUGGGUGUGGGUGUGGGUGUUGGGAGUCUUGCGCGCUGGUCGAUUUCGUUGAGGAUGGCGCGCAGGGCCUCCUGCACGUCGGCCAGGUUGUACCCACCUGCAUCCAUCGACAGAUGCAUAAUCAACACACAAGCCAAUAAGGGAAUGCGUGCAUUCUCAGCAAGAGAGAGAGAGACAGACAAACUCUCCCUCUACUUACGCUUGAGGAAGAGCCACAGCCGCUCGAUGAAGUCCCGCCCCUCACUCUGACACAUGCACACACAUGACAGACACCCAACAAACACGCAGGCCUUCAUUCAUUCAUCUCUUCCCUCUUUCUUCUCUUUGUGACCAUUCCGCUCACCGUGGUCCAUCCCGAUCUGAGUGUGGCGUAGAGCGAUGUGGGUGGGGGAUGGGCGCCGUUCUUGUGACCCACACCCACAGGCGCCCUCUCAGCGGGCGAUGGCGUGUGUGGCUCCCGGGGCGCCGCCCGUGUGAUGGAGUCGAGCCGCGACGCCGCCGCAUCCAUGGCCGUCAGAUGGCCCUGCUCCUGGGAUAGAAACGCCUGAACACCAACACACGGCAGGAAAGUGCUGGGUUGGGGUGUGUGGUUGUCUGUCACGUGUUUCCUGUCACCUUGACAUAGUUGCAGAGUUCCAUUUUCCUGCACCACUUGAGGUCUGUGGUGGGGUCCGCGGCCGUGAAGUCCUCGGCCGUCAGGUCGGUGCCCGUCGCCACACUUGCAAAGUCCUCCAGACCCUCCUCGCUGUCUACGCCGCCAACGCGACUUGACAACCCCUGGUCCUUCCUGAAGGUACGUGGUGACGGGACGGUAGGUGGUGUGUGUGUGUGGUGGGGUUGGGUUUGUCUGUUUACACGUGUAGGCACUUGUCGAUGGAUUGGAAUGCGGCCUCCUCGUCGGCGCCAUAGCUCUCGAGCACCAUCAUCGACUGCAGCAGCUCGCCCACCACCAGCAACUCGUCUACGUGACCCUUCAAAUACCCACCUGCAUUGCAGGACACACACAUGAUGCAAUCAAUGCACACAACCCAGCCCCGUCUCUCCCCCUCUGUCUGUCGACAGCUCACUCACCUUCCUCAAACCCCGCUUUGAGUAUGAUGACCGCAUCAGUGUCCAUUGGGGGCGGUGCUGGGGGCAGCAGGGAUGGCAGAAGGGCUGACGGGGCCACACCACCGCCACCACCACCCCCUGUGACGGUCCAGAAGAGCUGCAGACAGAUGAACGGCCCCCCGCACAGCCGAUACGAGUCCAGGGAGGCCCGAGGGCUCAUCGGAGGACCCAACUGACACAGCAUGAGAGAGAGGGGGUGUGAUAGCUUGACGGAUGGAUGGAUGGAUGUGUGGGUGUACCGUACCUCGAGCAUUUUGGAGCUGAGGUCGAAUCUUGCGAUGACGGAAACAGGACCCUGUGGGCAGGGAGCGAACCAGCAUACAGUAAAUAAUGUGACCGACAUGUACACAGACAAGAGGAUCAGACCAACACGUGUCUGUCGUGUCGAUCAGAUGCAGACCUGAAACGCCGGCAUAGGAGGCAGCAGGCCGUCCAGUGGCGCCGUGACGGUCUCGCCUACAAGGAAGGCACAGACGCACACAAAGGCAAUGCUCAGCUCACGACGUCGCGUCGCCUUCGUUCGUUCCUCCCUCUCUCCCUUUUAUAUACAGUACAUGCAUUGCAUACCCGCAGAUCCGAGUGAUGCAAACGCGUAAGUUUCGUCAAACAGCUGGCCCUCCUCACCCCCAGCACCACCCCUAUUGCCAAUCCCCCAAUACAGCGUCUGCCACCUGCCGCCCCCCUCCCUCGCCACAUAAAACAGCACGGGCGCGCCCACCACAUACGGCUCUCCUCCUCCUCCCCCCUGUGUGCUGCUGUCCUGGAGCAUGGCCAUCACCACCUGCUGGCUCUCGCCCAUCGACAUGGGCGUGAGGGCGUCUUCGCGGAUGGCCGUGUCGAAUUCUGAGUGGUCGGGGGUGUCCUUGUGGGCGUGGUGUGGAUGCGUGUGUUUGCUGGUGCCCCUGACGAGGGUGGCGCCCUGCGCGCGGUGGCCGCACUGGAGCACUUGGGAGUUGUGGUCGCCCUCCAGAUACAAAGGCUGCACAACAGAUCAAACAUCAAACAUCACAAACAACACACACAAGAUGCAUGAGCGAAUGAAUAAGGGAAUCGAUGUCCAUCCACCCACCCAUCCAAUUCUUGCCUGCAGGGCGUUCUGCAGGUGAUCUCCCUUGCCUUCCACCUCCUUCUCGUCCGUGCCAUCCACACGCGGCGCCCGCGACACGAGGACGAACCCGUCGGUGAAGUGCUCACACAGGGGGUGGUAGGGCGACCGAUGCUUGCUGCCGUCCCCCUUCCCGCCCAGCCGCCACACCACAUACGAACCCACUACCUGGCCGGGAGCCCCCGAUGAAGGCAGAUCUUUGUCCGGGGAGAUGCCUCGCCACGUUUGGCCAAGACAACACAGCAGAUCCUCCAUUCUCCUCCCUCUUUCCCCC